CCUUUUUCAAGAGAUUGUAUCCUGCUGCAUAUUUAUAUAGGAUUUGUAAAUGUACAAGCAUUACAGAUGCAUAAGUCUGAACUAACUUAAAGUUACACAAACGUGUGUCUACAACGAUUUCGGUCAAAUGUGACAUUAAUAAAAUAAAGGCUUACUUUCCAGAUUUUAUUUACAAUGGAUAUAUUCAUUAAUUCAUCGAUAGGUGUUCACAUUGCUCCUAAUUUUACUCCGCAAAUUACGAUGGGAACUGAUGAAUUACAUUAUAGACAAUACGAAUUCUUAUCACUGAGACCGGAAAUAGCAAUUCCAACGUUAGUAGUUUUGUUUCUUGCUUCAGUGAUUGGAACUGGAGGAAAUAUUAUCACGUUGUUGGUUUUUGUUAGAAGAAGAAGCAUGAGAAAUAUAGAGAGUAUAUUCUUGAUCAAUUUGGUGAUAUCUGACCUAUAUGUGACCUCAGUGGCUGAUCCUAUGAGCAUAAUUGCAAAAGUCGAAGGAGAAGACUUUUUCACUGAUGUACCAGGAUUAUGUCAAAUAGUUGCCAGCUUGUGUACCGUUUCCUGUGUGACGUCAUUGAUGACGAUAGGCCUAAUGAGCGUCAACCGUUUCUUUUACAUUUGUAUGCAUGAGAAAUAUGAACGCAUUUUUACUAAAUGUAAAUGCAUUUGUGUAUGUAUUUCUCUAUAUUUUGUCGGAGGAUUUCUUGUACUGCUCAAUGCAGCUGAUGUUGGUGACCAUGGCUUUGACAGCAAAAGUCUGGAAUGUAUUUGGGACCGCAUGGCAACAUAUCCGUAUACAGUAGUUUUCUCAAUAACUUUGGUUUGGAUACCUUCAAUUAUCAUAAGCAUUUGUUACUUGAAAAUAUAUCUGUAUGUAAGAGCCCAUAAAAAACGGAUGCGUGAACAACAUGUCUCUUCAAAGUUAAGGAGCUUUCACCUAGCAAAAACGCUAUUUAUCAUUUAUGUAGUGUUUGUAACAUGUUGGGCACCAUAUGCUCUACUUAUAGUGGUGGAUUCAAACAAUACGUUUCCGCACGAAAUUCAUGUGUACAUUACAAUGUUUGCUCACUUACAUCCUUCUAUUAAUUGGUUUAUCUAUUACAAGACAAAUAAAAAGUUCGCUGCCGGCUACAGAAGCCUGUUCCAUCGAUGUAAAAUGCUUAGUUCCGAUAUGGACAGUAGCACAGAUGGAUUAUCAUCCAGCAAGUCUAAAACCACAAAGCAAACUCCGAUUGAACAUAGUUCAGAUACAUUGUUAUAGAUUUUACUUCAAAUAUGUCGUAUAUUAUUUUAUGUUCAAAAUCGUUUUGUUUUCAUAGGGACUCUAAGUUAUUUAAGAUUUCAUAAAAACAAAAGGUAAGGGUAAAUUUCCAAUAAGCACAGAAUACCCAAAACUCAGUCAGAGAGCCAUGCAUCGCAAAGUAGGCCCGCAAGAAAAAGAAACUGUAGCGGAAAAAUAUAGCAUACAGGUUGCUUCAAAGAUAUUAUACGUCACAUUUAAUAUUCUGCUCCUCUAUAGGAGUAUAUUUUCAUGUGUUGUAUUUGUCAGGAAGAAAUUAGCGUAAAUAGCUCGAAUGCACUAAUAUCUGUUCGUUCUGUAAACGGCUGACAUACAAAAAUAAAAAAAAAUAAUGAGUGCUUAUAAAAGUAUCAGACGUAUUGCUAUAUGUUGAAAUAACUGUAAAAUAAAAUGCCACCCAUUUUCAUAGUAUUGUUAAAUCUUUAAGGUGCCGUAUUACGCUUUAUGAGAGGUUAUUCGCUAAAAUUGUCUAAGUCUUUUCUUAAUUAUGUUUAGAAAGAAUAUAAACUUUCGAAGAAUCUUGCACAUUUCAUUGACUUUCAUGAACAGAUUCAAUCAUAUUGUGCCUGCUAUCACAUACUUGGUUGCGUUCUAAGCUUCAAAAGGAUCUUUUCAUAGAGUUUCUUAUACAUUUUAGGAAAGGCACUUUAUGUAUCUAAACAGAUAAAACAAAACUCACUAUAGAGGCUAAAAAAAGAUUUAGGUCAUUAAUGAGAAUAAAAACACCUUAGCACAUUUGAACAAAGCUUGCAGUUAAAGGUAGCCGCCCGAAAGUUUUCAUGCAUUUCCACUACGUCCAUGGACACUCAAUCAAAGCGAGCCUGAAACAUUUUCAUUUUUGUCGUUUUGUGCGAUCUUUUUACUUUAUUUUGUGCACUGUUCUGUGGUUGACGGAACAGUGUAAUAUAUGUCUGAAGAAUGAUUUGUGAUAUUUUGUAUGGUCAAGUGAGAAUGACUUCUUAUUCGUGAAACAAUAAAACAAAGAAUAUACUGAAACAAUAAAUAAAUAUAUAUUUCUGAAUCCGUAUUUUUUUGGCAAGUAUUCCUCCCUUUUAACAGUUAACACUUACCCUGCUAAAUUUCUAAAAUGGACUUGUCCAUCCUUGAAUUUGGGCAGUACCAUUUAUUAUUCAAAGGGAUGUUCACUGAAAAAUGAUGGACGGAAUAUCAAACAGUGCGGACCAUGAUCAGCCUGCAUGGAUGUGCAGGCUGAUCUUGGUCUACACUGGUCGCAAAGGCAGAUCACUUGGCAACAGCAGACUAAAGGUUAAUUGUAUUCUCCAAACUGAAAGAUGGACACGUUUAUUAUAGAAAUGUAGCAGGGUAAGGGUUAAAGUUUCUAAACAGAUAAAACAAAGUUCACUGCAGAGGCUACAAAAAAGAUGCAGGUCAGUCAAGAGAACAAAAUGUCUUACACAACAGCAAAUUCUAACAUGGUUUACAGUUGAAGGUAGCCAUCUGAAAAUGUUCAUGCAUUUUGACUACGACCAUAAACAGUCUCAAUCUUUUUUGUUCUUGUUGGUCGUGGUCGCAGAAUUCUGUAGAAAUGGUUUAUGACAUUUCAUAUGGUUAAAUUUAUAUAGCCAACUUCCACUGCAUAAAUGAUUUUAUUUGAAGUCUGUGAAACGGGUAUCUAAUGCACAGUAUUUUUGUUGGUGGGGGAGGGGGUACGGGGAGCCACCCGCAGCUGUUAACAUUGUUCCAAAAUUGACAAUGGCAUUCUGUUCCAUUUAUUGACAUGUGUUUGUAGUCACAGAGAUAAUGAGCAUGGUUAUUUUAUCUGUUUAGAAUUUAAACAGCGUAUCUAAAAAUGUAAAGUGGUUUAAUUUCUGAAAAAGUAAAGAAAUACAAUUAUUUGAAGAUUCUUACGAAUAAAAAAUUAAUUUAUAAAUCGUUAUUAUGCUACCUUAAAGACGAAAUUUAGAAAACUGUCAGAAAGAAGUAUCAUUAAUGGUUAAUUUGUUGCUAUGAUUAUUUUCGAAGGAACCAGGGUUUUUAAUCUAUUUAGUUUAUUAUUCCUCCUUUUUGCAUUUUGCAAAUUGUGAACUGCAAUAUACACGUCAAUUAAAUUAUUUUACUUUCACUUAGAUAUUAUGCAAUAUUGUCAAAUAAUACAUGCUUACAAGGAUACUGAUGCAACAAUUACUCAAAGGAAAUAGCCGUAUUUUGAAGACACAUUAAACAAACCAUUAUGUACAUAAUGGAUUAAUUUAAUGAUUAUAUAUCAUAUGUUCGAUGUUCAUUUCGACAGACGUACUUUCCUGUUUGUUUAGAGCUUUUAUUUUUGUUUUGGAAAUGAAACGUGUGAAAAAUAGUGUAGUCAUUAGAAAUGUUUGAUAUAUUUGUCUUGUAAAUAGAACAAAAUUGUUUUUAAAUUAGAAUUUAUUGGGUGUGUGUUUAAUAAAAUAAACUGAUAUAUGAAAUGCCUAAGCUUUGUUUAGUCUUUUGUAUUCAUUUUGACAUAAAACCUUAGCUGUCAAUAUAAAUAGCGUACUGUUGU